AUGUCCCACUUGGGUAACACGCAUUUUACACUUAACGUUUCAACGUUAAGAGAAUUAGCAAGAAAAGAGCUAACUAACGUAUUAGAUUCUGUUCGAGGCCGAAAAUGCCUUGUGUUAGAUCAAAAUAUCAGCGGGCCCUUAAGCUUAGUGGCUGAAUUUUCAUUGUUGAAGGAUCAUGGGGUGGAGAAGAUGCAUUAUCUUCAACAAGGUCCUCUGAAUACAGAACUUCGUAGCGUGAUAUACAUAUGUCGCCCGUCUUUACAAUAUAUGAAAUACAUUGCCGAACAUAUUCGAACACAUCAAUCAGAGAAUUCUGCAAAUAAUGAUCAACAAAAAUACGAAUAUAAUUUGUUUUUUGUACCUCGACGAACGAAAAUCUGUGAAAGGAUCAUCCUUGGCGAAUAUCAUUUGGAUUUGAUUCCUUUCGAAGAUGAUUUGUUGUCGAUGGAAUUGGAGAACACAUACAAAGAGCUUUAUUUGGAUGGUGAUUAUACGGCAAUUUAUUAUGCUGCCCGUGCUUUGAUGAGACUGCAGACACUCUUUGGAUUGUUUCCUAGAGUAAUUGGGAAAGGAGAUUGCGCUAAGCACCUUGCAGACAUGCUUCUUCGCAUGCGUAAGGAGGUUGCUAUAGACGACCCGUCAUCCAUGCUCUCAGCUUCGCAAAAUAUCGAUUCUCUCAUUAUAAUAGAUCGUUCAGUUGAUCUAAUUACUCCUUUGUGCACCCAAUUAACCUACGAAGGACUUAUUGAUGAAAUAUUUGGAAUAAGAAAUUCUUUUGUUGAAAUCGACUCUUCAAUAGUGGGACCUGCUCCGCAAAGAACAAGUGCUGCAUCAGCCACCGCAGCAUCAACUUCAGCGACUACACCUGCACAGCCUCCUCCUCCACCACAAUCACCCGCAAAGAAAAAGAAAAUCCCAUUGAAUUCUGGUGAUAAAUUGUUUGGACAGCUUAGAGAUAUGAAUUUUGCGGUUGUAGGUGGAGUUUUGAAUAAGGUGGCAAAAAGGAUCAAUGAAGAUUACGAAGGAAGACAUCAAGCUAGAACCGUUGCUCAGAUUAGAGAAUUUAUGAAUAAACUUGGGGGACUGCAAUCAGAACAUCAAUCUUUAAGAACGCACACCGGAAUUGCAGAAGAAAUAAUGGGCCAUACUGUCACGCCUGAAUUUAAUAAAGCCCUUGAGGUUCAACAAAAUCUGGUUGCUGGGAUUGAUAUAAUCACACAAAAUGAUUAUAUUGAGGAAAUGAUAAAUCGUCAAGUUCCUCUGGUGCAGGUCUUGAGAUUAUUAUGUCUGCAAAGUUUAGUGAAUGGCGGAAUCAAGCAAAAGAGCUUUGAUUUUUUUAAAAAGGAAAUUUUGCAGACUUAUGGUUUUGAACAUCUUCAAAGCCUUUUAAAUUUGGAACGCCUUAAUUUAUUUGUUAAACAAGUUUCAACUCGAAACCCAUAUCCAUCAGUACGUAAAUCUCUACGAUUAAUUGUGGAUGAAGUUGACGAGCAUAAUCCUCAAGAUAUCUCAUAUGUAUAUUCUGGUUACGCGCCAUUGAGUGUACGCCUAGUGCAAUGUGUAGUCACCAAAGGUGGCCCACCUGCUUUGCUGAAUCCUUUAUUGGCGUUUAGUGGUGGUUCUGUUGGAAAUACUGGAAGAAACAAUGGGUGGAAGGGUUAUGAAGAAGUUCUGAGACUAUUACCCGGAAAAACUUUUGACGAAACUCAGAAAUUAGAAGAGGGUGCUAUUCGGGCAAAAAGAUUGAUUCCUGGUCAGCAACCUCGUGUUACACUUGUGUUCUUUUUAGGUGGUUGCACAUUUACCGAAGUUGCGGCAAUACGAUUCUUGGCACAACAAGACGAGGGACAACGGGAGUUUAUAAUAGCAACAACCCAGAUCAUUAAUGGCAAUUCCGUAUUGAAUUCUGUUCUUCAAAAAGUGGACCAUGAAGCAAGUAGCAAAUCUUCAGCAGCUUGA